UAGUUGGCAGUCCUGGUCCACGCAAAGUUUCUGUUGAGCAAAAUAUUUAACUGAUAAAAUAAAGUUUAUUAAAUCCGCUGCAGUCAUGCCUCUUCGCAGAUCAUCAUCGUUCAGCAUGAAUAUUAACCAAAACACAUCGAUUGUUUCGCGUACCAAUAGUCACCCAUUUGUUUUGGGAGGUUCAGAAGACUACUUGGACCUGUGGGAUUCGAGUAAUGAUUUGUUUGCAAUACCUCCGGUCAGAUCCUCUAACAACGCAGGACGCUUUGUGGCCACUGGGUGUCCCCACUGUUAUACCCAUGUGGUUCAAGCAUCAGCAGGAGCGCAAUUAAACAACAACGUGCUGUUAGCCAACAUAUCUGGAAACCUGGCCAAUAAUAAUAACUAUAUUAACACAACCGACAUUAACAACAUUUACCAACAGGGCACAGAUUCCGAGGAUGAUAUCCAAGUGGCCAAUGAAGCCUCUUUGGGAUCGGCUGAUUCUGCAGCUGAGGAUGCCCCAGCUGAUAUUGAACAGGCUGUGGCGGUGGCGGUAUCGGCAGCGGAAACGAACACUGAACCCAUGGCCUACCUGCAGGGAUUGACCUCGGAUAAUCUGAUGCAGUUCAGCCAGCAAUCUGUCUUGCAUGAGAUGAUGCUGCAGGAACUUCCGAACCUGGUAAACACGCUGCCCAAGUUGGAGAAUCACAACAUCGGAGGCUAUGGCUUUAGCAUGGUUCUGGAUGAGCCACCCAAAUCGCACUGGAUGUUUUCGGUACCUUUGAACAAGCUCUACAUCCGGAUGAACAAGACUUUUAACGUGGACGUUCAGUUUAAGGCAAAGCUGCCCAUUCAGCCGCUCAAUUUGCGCGUAUUUCUGUGCUUCAGCAAGGAUGUUAGUGGUCCGGUGUUGCGGUGCCAGAAUCAUCUAAGCGUAGAGCCAUUAACCGGCCAAAACGCAAAAAUGCGUGAGAGUUUGCUGCGCAGCGAAAAUCCCAACAGUGUGUACUGCGGUACUGCUCAGGGGAAGGGCAUCUCGGAGCGUUAUUCCGUGGUGAUCCCACUGAAUAUGUGCCGAUCAGGCAACCGAAGUGCUGGCCAUGUGCGACAGACCCUGGCCUUUAAGUUCGUCUGCCAGAACUCGUGUAUUGGCCGAAAAGAAACCUCCUUAGUAUUUUGCCUGGAGAACGCACGUGGUGAUAUCGUGGGACAGCAGGUUAUGGAAGUCAAAAUCUGUACGUGCCCAAAACGAGAUCGUAACCAAGACGAACGCCAAAUAAAUGGUAAGAAGCGCAAGUCCAUGGCGGACGCAACCGAAGAAGAUGAGCCGGAUGUAAAGCCACCGAAAAUGCGCCGACGCACAACGUCCUAUAAAAAUGAUAUAAAGAAGGAGGAGACGGAGAGCAACGACAGUCAUGAGAACGAGCAGGGCGUCGAUUGGAACGUUUCACGGGCACAGGAUGGCGAUUACCGGUUGACCAUUACCUGUCCGAAAAAGGAAUGGUUACUGCAGGGCAUUGAUGGCAUGAUCAAGGAGGCGGCAACUGGAGUGCUACGAAAUCCCAACCAAGAGAAUCUGCGUCGCUAUGCCAACAAAUUGUUGAGCUUCAAAAAACGUGCCGAAGAGCUGCCAUGACUUUCUUUGGGAUGCCAAUUUUUAUAGCUUUACACGUGGUAAAGUAACCGCCAAACACUUUUAAAAUGUGUUUCAUCUGUGAGGUAUAGGUAUAAGUCUCUUAAGUAAUUAUUGGUUAGGCGUUUAACAGUGAUAUUCUUAUACGAGUUUGGCAUGUUUGAGAGCCAAAAAAAAACAUUUUUAUAUUUUUGAUAUUAUAAUACUGUUAACUAAACUAAGUAACUUAUGUGUAAAGCAACAAAUGAAUUGCCAACAUUCUGUACAAAAAAGUGAAUAUUGAACUGAUUAAAGAGUUGUCAUGUUUUGCAAGCAAA